AUCGCAGACGACUCGAUCAGUUGCUGGCGUGCCGUCAAACCCUGCGGAUGUGUGCCGAAUCGAGUCGGAGAUUUGGACCCUUAGGAUAGUACCGCGAUAGCACCGAUCGGUUAUUAUGUCCUGUGGCAAUGCGCAGGCGCAAAGUGCCGAGUAAUUUCUGAUUCUUAAGUGACAAGUUCUGUGCCACAUAAUUAAAACUCAAGUGCUGUUUUUUACCCGAGUGUUUGCCACUUCAGCAGGGACAAGGAGUCGAAAACGAUACGAUACACAAACAAAAAAAAAAGAAAAAGUAAAAUAUAUAUAGUCGAGAUUCGAGAGUGUGAAAAUCGCGAAAAGUGAGGGGCGACGUCUAUUGUGUCCCGUCCUGUCAGCAAGGAGCCACAAAAUGGAUUUAUCGAGGCGGUUGUGCUCAACUGCCUUGGUAGCAUUCAUUGUUCUGGCCGGCAUCCAUGAUUCCCAUAGCAGAUUUCCUGGGCUAACAAAAAGACAAUAUGGGGCGAAUAUGUAUUUGCCGGAGAGCUCCGUGACGCCCGGCGGCGAGGGUGAUGAUCCCGAUGAGUGGACACCCUGGAGCUCGCCCUCGGACUGUUCGAGAACUUGUGGCGGUGGAGUGUCCUACCAGACUCGAGAGUGUCUGCGCACAGAUGCCCGUGGCGAAGCUAUCUGCAGUGGAGGCAGUCGGCGCUACUUCUCCUGCAACACACAAGACUGUCCGGAGGAGGAACCCGACUUCCGGUCGCAGCAGUGCUCUCGCUUCGAUAGACAGCACUUCGAUGGAGUACUCUACGAAUGGGUGCCAUACUUAAAUGCACCCAAUCCCUGCGAGUUGAACUGCAUGCCCAAGGGCGAGCGCUUCUACUAUCGCCAAAGGGAGACGGUGAUCGACGGAACCCGCUGCAAUGACCAGGAUCUGGACGUGUGCGUCAAUGGAAAGUGCAUGCCGGUGGGCUGUGACAUGAUGCUGGGCAGCAAUGCCAAGGAGGACAAGUGCAGAAAGUGCGGCGGAGAUGGAAGCACCUGCAAGACGAUCCGUAACACCAUCACCACCAAAGACCUGGCUGCAGGCUACAAUGACCUGCUGCUCCUUCCCGAGGGUGCCACCAAUAUCCGCAUCGAGGAGACGGCCCCAUCCAGCAAUUAUCUGGCCUGCCGGAACCACAGUGGACACUACUACCUGAACGGCGACUGGCGCAUCGAUUUCCCACGCCCCAUGUUCUUCGCCAACUCGUGGUGGAACUACCAACGCAAACCCAUGGGCUUCGCUGCCCCCGAUCAACUGACCUGCAGCGGUCCCAUCUCGGAGAGCAUCUUCAUUGUGAUGUUGGUGCAAGAGAAGAACAUCAGCCUCGAGUACGAAUACAGCAUUCCGGAGUCCCUGAGUCACUCGCAGCAGGAUACGCAUACGUGGACGCAUCACCAAUUUGGUGACUGCAGUGCUUCCUGCGGCGGUGGAACCCAGAGCCGAGUGGUCACCUGCAACAACCGCAUCACCCUGGCGGAGGUCAAUCCAGCACUGUGCGAUGAAAAGUCCAAGCCAUUGGAGGAACAGGAAUGCGGCACGGAACCAUGCGCUCCCCACUGGGUGGAGGGCGAGUGGUCUAAGUGCUCCAAGGGCUGCGGAGCCGACGGUUUCCAGAACAGAAGCAUCACCUGCGAACGAAUUUCCUCUUCAGGCGAGCAUACAGUUGAAGAAGACGCUGUUUGCCUCAAGGAGGUUGGCAACAAGCCGGCAACCAAACAGGAGUGCAAUCGCGAUGUCAAGAACUGUCCCAAGUACCAUCUGGGACCCUGGACACCAUGUGAUAAGCUCUGCGGCGAAGGAAAGCAGACACGUAAGGUGACUUGCUACAUUAAGGAGAACGGACGCAAGCGAGUCCUGCCCGAAGAAGAUUGCGUGGAGGAGAAGCCGGAGGUGGAGAAGUCCUGCCUUUUGACACCCUGCGAGGGCGUUGAUUGGAUAAUCUCUCAGUGGAGCGGUUGCAACGCAUGUGGUCAAAACACCGAAACUCGCACGGCUAUCUGUGGCAACAAGGAAGGUAAGGUGUACCCGGAGGAGUUCUGUGAACCAGAGGUGCCUACUCUAUCUCGACCUUGCAAAUCGCCCAAGUGCCAGGCGCAGUGGUUCUCCUCGGAAUGGAGCAAGUGCUCCGCUCCCUGCGGCAAGGGCGUUAAGUCCCGCAUUGUCCUCUGCGGGGAGUUCAAUGGCAUGACUGUGAGUCCAGCAAGUGAUGACUCAAAGUGCGACAAGGAAACGAAACCGGAGUCAGAACAGGAGUGCGAGGGCGAGGAGAAGGAGUGCCCCGGUGAAUGGUUCACUGGACCUUGGGGAGAGUGUAGCAAGCCAUGUGGAGGUGGGGAGAGAGUUCGCGAGGUCCUGUGUCUAUCCAAUGGAACCAAGUCCGUUAACUGUGAUGAGUCGAAGGUCGAACCCCUAUGAAAGUGCAAUCCAGAAGCUUGUACCGAGGAUGAGAUAUUGCCCUUGACUAGCACCGACAAACCCAUCGAGGAUGACGAGGAGGAUUGUGAUGAAGAUGGUAUUGAACUGAUCACCGAUAGCUUGCCGGAUGUUGAAAAGAGCGCCGAUAUUAUUGAUUUGGAAGAUAAACAGAGUACGGAAACAACACCUGAAGCUGAGGAACUAAUGCAAAGUGACAGCCCGACACCAUUCGAUGAGUCAGAUUCGACUGGUACCACAGUUGAAGGAUCGGGAGAUGAAUCCGAUUCAACCACCGACAGCGGAAUUAGUACAGAGGGAAGUGGCGAUGAUGAGGAAACUUCUGAGGCUUCCACUGACCUGUCCAGCUCGACGACUUCUGACUCAAGCUCCAGUGACUCUAGCUCCAGUGACUCCAGCUCAAGUGACUCCAGCUCCAGCGUUUCCAGCGAUUCGACUUCAGAGGCUCCAUCAUCUUCAGUGUCCGAUUCCAGCGACUCCACAGACCAAUCUACAGAAUCGACGGGUGUCUCAGGUAGCUCCACUGAUGUCUCAAGCUCAACGGAAGCAUCCACCUCGGACUCAACCGAUGUUUCAAGCUCUUCAGACGCUUCUGAGUCUACUGUUAGUGCAGACUCUACAUCUGAAGGUUCUACGGAAGCAUCGAGUUCUACAGAUGACUCUACUGAUUCUUCAGACAAAACUUCAGACGUUAGUGAAUCUACAACAGAGGCUUCGUCUUCAUCUGUGUCCGAUUCUAGUGACAGCACAGACAGCUCAACUGACAGUGUAUCCAGCUCAACAGAGAGUUCUUCGGACAGUACUUCUGAUGCCACUUCCGACUCUACAGUUUCUUCAGAUUCUACGGACUCCACUUCGGAUGAAACAACGGAGACCACCUCCGAGUCAUCAACUGAUACCACAGAAUCCUCUACUUUGGACGUUUCCUCAACCACUGAUGUUUCCUCAACCACUGAUGUUUCCUCAACCACUGAUGCUUCUUCGAGCUCGGACGCUUCUUCAACGGAAAGCUCAACUGAUGGUUCCUCUUCCACUUCUAGUUCGGACUCCACCGAAUCUACUGUGGUAUCUAGUGAUGGAUCGACAGAUACUUCCACUGAUGGCACCACUGAUGGUAUUACCGCUACGUCAACUGAUGGAUCUACUGAUUCUUCAACAGAUGGAUCUACUGAUGGAUCUAGUGACGCCUCUACUGAUGGAUCUACUGAUGGCUCCACUGAAUCCUCUGUAUCAACCGAAAGCACUGAGGUUAGCAGUGGAAGUUCGACCACUGAAGGAAGUACCGUCGAUGACGACAGUUCCACAAGCUCUUCCAUCGCAUCAGACUCAACCGUUACAGACUCGUCAUCUUCCACAGACCUAUCUGGAUCCACGGAAACGACCGAUACCUCUGCUUCUACAGAAGCUUCCUCCACAGAUUCUACUGAAUCUACUGAAAGCACUUCCACUGGAGAAACUGGUGAUACCACAGAAAGCGGCCCAACCGAGGAGAGUACUACCGAAGGAUCUACCGAAAGCACUUCUGAGGGAUCCACAGACAGCACCCAGUCUACAGAUCUUGACAGCACUACCAAUGAUAUCUGGAGCACCAGUGACAAGGAUGACGAUUCGGAGACCAGUACUCCAUACUCCUUUGAUUCUGAAGUUACCAAGGACAAGCCUCGCAAGUGCAAGCCUAAAAAGAGUAGUUGCGCCAAGUCAAAAUACGGUUGCUGUCCGGAUGGAAAGUCCACUCCCAAGGGACCAUUUGACGAAGGUUGCCCCAUUGCUAAGACCUGUGCCGAUACAACUUACGGUUGUUGUCUGGACGGAGUGUCUCCAGCCAAGGGCAAGAACAACAAGGGUUGUCCCAAGUCCCAGUGCGCCGAGACCCUCUUUGGCUGCUGUCCCGAUAAAUUCACCGCUGCCGAAGGAGAGGAUGAUGAAGGAUGUCCGCAGACAACUACUGUACCGCCUACCACCACCACAGAAGAAUCGCAACCGGAGUCAACUACCGAGAUUGAGGGAUCAGGAGAGGACUCGACGACAUCUGAGCCAGAUACCAAAAAGUCCUGCUCCUACUCCGACUUUGGUUGCUGUCCCGAUGGGGAAACACCCGCUAAGGGUGAGAAGUUCGAGGGUUGCGAUGUUGAGCCAGAGAAGCCGAAGAGUUGCAGAGAAUCCGAGAACGGUUGCUGUCCGGAUGGUCAAACUCCUGCCAGCGGACCGAAUGGUGCGGGCUGCGCGGGCUGCACUCGCGAGCGUUAUGGAUGUUGUCCGGACUCCCAGACCCCGGCUCACGGUCCCAACAAGGAAGGAUGCUGCCUGGACACUGAGUUUGGAUGCUGCCCCGACAACAUCCUGGCCGCCCGUGGACCCAACAAUGAGGGAUGCGAAUGUCACUACACACCCUACGGUUGCUGUCCGGACAACAAGUCGCCGGCCACUGGUUACAACCAGGAGGGAUGUGCUUGCGAGACGACCCCUCAUGGGUGCUGUCCCGACAAGAUCACCGCUGCCAAGGGACCCAAGUUCGAGGGAUGCCCCUGCGAGACCACCCAGUUCGGAUGCUGUCCCGACGGAAUCACCUUCGCCAAGGGACAACACAACCACGGAUGCCACUGCCUACAGACCGAGUUCAAGUGCUGCGAUGACGAGAAGACCCCGGCCAAGGGACCUAAUGGCGAGGGAUGCACCUGCCUCGAGAGCAAGUUCGGCUGCUGUCCCGAUGGAGUUACCAAGGCGACGGACGAGAAGUUCGGAGGAUGCGAGAAUGUCCAGCAACCGCCGCAAAAAGCCUGCAGCCUGCCCAAGGAAACGGGCAACUGCACCAACUUCAGUGUCAAGUACUUCUUCGAUGUUGCCUACGGAGGAUGCGCUCGUUUCUGGUAUGGUGGAUGCGAGGGUAACGACAAUCGCUUCGACAGCGAGACCGAGUGCAAGGACACCUGUCAGGAAUACUCCGGGAAGCAUGUGUGCCUGCUGCCCAAGGCCUCUGGACCCUGCACGGGAUCCGAGAAGAAAUGGUACUUCAAUGCGGACUACAACCGUUGCGAGGAGUUCCAAUACGGCGGAUGCUACGGCACCAGUAACCGAUUCGAUACCAAGGAACAAUGCCAAGGAAAUUGCUCUGCCAGCGAUAAUCUUCCUACCUGCGAACAGCCUGUGGAGAGUGGUCCGUGUGCCGGAAACUUUGAGCGGUGGUACUACGACAAUGAGAGCGACAUCUGCAGACCUUUCACCUAUGGAGGAUGCAAGGGCAAUAAGAACAACUAUCCUACGGAACACGCCUGCAACUACAAUUGCCGCCAGCCUGGCGUGCUUAAAGACCGCUGUGCGCUUCCUAAGCAAGCCGGUAAUUGCAGUGAAAAGCUGGCCAAGUGGCACUUCUCCGAGAACGAGAAGCGCUGCGUGCCCUUCUACUACACGGGUUGUGGUGGCAACAAGAACAACUUCCCCACCUUGGAGUCCUGCGAGGACCACUGCCCCCGGCAAGUUGCCAAGGACAUCUGUGAUAUUCCUGCGGAGACGGGCGAGUGUGACAACUAUGUUACGAGUUGGUACUACGACACCAUGGCUCAAGGCUGUCGCCAGUUCUACUACGGCGGCUGUGGAGGCAAUGAGAACCGCUUCUCCACAGAAGAGUCCUGUUUGGCACGUUGCGAUCGCAAGCCGGAACCCACCACCACCACCGCCCCAUCCCGCAGGCCAGCUCCCAGCACUGGGGACAUUUGCGAGGAGGAUGCUGCUCCUGGCGAUUGCGGUGAAUGGGCCCUCAAGUGGCACUUUGAUCGGAACUAUGGGGCGUGUCGUCAGUUCUACUAUGGCGGUUGUGGCGGCAAUGACAAUCGCUUCGAAACGGAGUCCGAUUGUCAACAGCGUUGCUCCAGGCAGCAGCGUCCUGCUCCUACUCCACCACCAACUCCAGCUCCUACAAGGAAGCCAGCUCCUCCUCAAGCUCUUGCGCAGUGCAGUCAGCCAGUUGAUCCAGGUCAAUGUGACGAAUGGGUACUCAAUUGGAGCUUCAAUGAGACGGAGGGUCGCUGCCAGUCGUUCUACUAUGGCGGCUGCGGGGGCAAUGAUAACCGAUUUGCCUCAGAGGAUGAAUGCUCAGCUAGCUGCUCCCCUAACGUAGACACCCGCUUUGGCGAACCCGAGCCCGAACCGGAACCUGAACCUGAGGAACCUCGUCCUGACACCUCAAAGUGCUUCCUGGCACCCGAGCCGGGCAAUUGCUAUGAGAACGAGACCCGCUGGUUCUACAACAGCCAGGAGGGACUCUGCGACGAGUUCAUCUUCACGGGCUGUGGCGGCAAUGCCAACAACUAUGCCAGCGAGGAGGAGUGCCAGAGCGAGUGCCAUGACGCCCAGACCACCUGUGCCCUGCCCCCUGUCCGAGGACGAUGCAGUGACCUCUCCCGACGCUGGUUCUAUGACGAGCGCAGUGGCGGAUGCCACGAGUUCGAGUUCAGCGGAUGCCGUGGUAAUCGCAACAACUUCGUGUCGGAGAGUGCUUGUCUGAGUUUCUGCAGGAGUCAGGGUCCAGUGGAACCCGAGCCACAACCUCCAGCACCGACCUACUCCGUGUGCACCCUACCACCAGAGGCUGGAGAGUGCGACAACAGGACCACCGUGUGGUUCUACGACAACGAGAACAUGGCCUGCACGGCCUUCACCUACACAGGAUGUGGUGGCAAUGGAAAUCGCUUUGAGACCCGCGACCAAUGCGAACGGCAGUGUGGAGAGUUCAAGGGAGUGGACGUUUGCCAUGAGCAAGUGACGACGGGUCCGUGCACCGAUUGGCAGACCAAGUACUACUUCAACAAAGAGAGCCAGGCCUGUGAACCCUUCACCUACGGUGGUUGCGAUGGCACCGGCAACCGUUUCAAUGAUCUGUACGAGUGUCAGACAGUUUGCAUAGCCGGUCGCGAACCGGCAGUAGGCUCGGCUAAAGAAAUCUGCCUGCUGCCACUGGCGAUGGGCCGCUGCAAUGGACCUUCGGUGCAAGAGCGCCGUUGGUACUACGACGACUCGCUAGGAAACUGUGUGACCUUCAUUUACCAAGGUUGCUCCGGCAACCAGAACAACUUCCGAUCCUUCGAGGCAUGCAUGAGCCAAUGCCGACCGGAUGGUAACGAUUUAGACAACGGUAUAGGACAGAACCCAUGCGAUACCUUUGAUGGUGAGUGCAGGGAACUUCGUUGUCCAUAUGGUGUACGCCGUGAGGCUGCCCGUUCCCAGCCAGAGUGCACACAGUGCGUCUGCGAUAAUCCUUGCGAGGGCUACAGCUGUCCGGAGGGCCAACAGUGCGCCAUCGAUGUGUCCAGGUCCGACGAUCGCCAGUUUGCACCAGUCUGCCGUGAAAUCAACAAACCAGGCGAGUGUCCAGCUCUAUCGGCCAAUGCCAGUGGAUGUGUCCGGGAAUGCUACUCCGAUGCCGACUGUCUGGGCAACAACAAGUGUUGCAGCGAUGGCUGCGGACAACUUUGCGUCCAUCCCGCUCGCCCCACGCAGCCACCUCGUACUCAGGCCCCCGUGGUCUCCUAUCCAGGCGAUGUCAGCGCAGCUCUGGAACCCAAGGAACCCCAUGAACUUGAUGUCCAGACUUCCAUCGGUGGUAUUGCCGUGUUGCGCUGCUUCGCCACCGGCAAUCCAGCUCCGAAUAUCACUUGGUCGCUCAAAAACUUGGUGAUUAAUACGAACAAGGGUCGCUACGUCUUGACUUCCAACGGUGAUUUGACCAUCGUCCAGGUGCGUCAAACCGACGAUGGUACCUACGUCUGUGUGGCCAGCAAUGGACUUGGUGAACCCGUGCGACGUGAGGUUGCCCUCCAGGUUACAGAACCCGUAAGCCUGUCCGCCUAUAUUUACGGUGACAAGAACGUUACCCAGAUCGUGCAGUUGAAUCGCCCGGCGGUGAUUCGCUGUCCCGCCGGUGGCUUCCCGGAACCGCAUGUCAGCUGGUGGCGCAACGGACACAUGUUUGGCCUUAAGAACAACCUGAUGGCCCGUGACUAUUCGCUGGUCUUCAACUCGAUACAGUUGACGGACCUUGGUCUCUACACUUGCGAGGUGUACAACCAGCGGCGUCCCGUUUCGCUGCGUGUCACCCUGAAGGCGGUGGGUCCAGUGCGGGCUCGAAACCACGAGGAGGCCGAGUACUUGCAGUAUGUGCUCGAUCCGGCCACCCGUCCGGUGACCCAGAGACCCGUUUCUCCCUACCGACCCACUCGACCGGCCUACGUGCCUGAGCCCAUUGUGAAUGUAAAUGCUGUGCUGGCGCUGGACCCGAAGAACAACUACUCACCGGGAUCCACCAUAUUCAUGAGCUGCUCUGUGCAGGGUUAUCCAUUACCAAAUGUCACCUGGACCAAGGAUGAUGUGCCUCUCUAUAACAACGAGCGGGUUCAAAUUUCAUCCCAGCCACAUAGUCUGAUACUGAGUGAUGUGACCCCCGAGGAUUCGGGCAAGUAUACCUGCAGAGCUAGUAAUGCGUACACCUAUGCCAAUGGAGAUGCAAAUGUAUCUAUACAAUCUGUUGUACCUGUGUCGCCGGAGUGCGUCGACAAUCCGUACUUUGCCAACUGCAAGCUGAUCGUCCAGGGCAAGUACUGUACCAAUCCGUACUACACCAAGUUCUGCUGCCGAUCCUGCACAUUGGCGGGCCAAGUGGCCUCGGCCCCACUUCAUCCCAAUGCGGUAUAAUUCCACACAGAUAGCAGAGUAAUUUUGUUUAACUUUCGUAUUGAAUUGAGCUUAAACGCACCACACAAGAAUAAUUGGAUCGACAUUCGGAGAUUGAACAUCCCAUCAUUCAAAAGCAGAGAGACCAAAAAGCCAACCGCUUAGCCAUAGCCAAACAUUAUAGUCUACUGAUCAAGAACGAAUUAACUUCUUUAUACUGUAGUAUUUUACUCUCUUCCAGAACAAAAGCAAAUAGUAUUAGUGUUUUUAUGUUUGUGUUCCUAUUUAUUCUUGAUAACGAGUAACCUUUAAUUCAAUCGAGGAAAUCAAGUGGCUAAAACGAAUUUGCCUUUUUAAUUUUUAGUUUCUACGACAUUUCUGCGCAACGAGUAAAGCAUUUAAGCCUAAAAACAAAUAAUUGUAAAUAAAUUAAAAAUAUAUAAUAAAGAGUGCAUAUGUAUAAAGAUGAGA